UCGUGCUUGCUUGACGAGAUCUGAGGGGCGCAGGUGUAAGCGCUCUUCUUACCCAAGCCGCAGGAAACAGCAGACAGAUAAGGGUGACUGAGAGACUGCAGGCAUCGCCGUGUGAUCUUGCGGCUGAAAGGAGUACGCAAAGCUUCACGCGAUUGCAUCACUGCUGGACAAACCAGGACCGAUAUAUAUAUAUUUUUUUUUCCUUCUCCUGAGCACUUUAUUUCUUUUGGGUAUCUGCAAAGAUGAUGUCAAUGAACAGCAAACAGCCACAUUUUGCCAUGCAUCCUACCUUACCUGAACACAAGUACACCUCCCUGCAUUCCAGUUCGGAAGCAAUAAGGAGAGCUUGUCUGCAAACUCCACAGUUGCAGAACAACAUCUUCGCCAGUCUGGAUGAAACUCUCCUGGCACGCGCCGAAGCCCUCGCGGCCGUGGAUAUCGCUGUGUCUCAGGGCAAGACCUUUCCUUUCAAGCACGACAUAUCUUACCACACGAUGAACGGCGUGCCAUGCUCUUCCGGCUCCACAGUCCCGCUUGCCCAUCACCACCACAGUCACCAUCACCACCACCAGAAUCUAGAACCACCGGACCUAUUGGACCAUAUCAGCUCGUCCUCUCUGGCCCUGAUGGCCAGCGGACACGAUGGGACAGGAGGUGGUGGCGGAGGAGGCGCCGCAGGGUUGAUCUCUACCUCUGCUCACCCUCAUUCACAUAUGCACGGCUUGAGCCACAUGUCCCAUCAGACCAUGAAUAUGAAUUCACCACUGACCCACCACGGACUUUUACCCGGACACCACGGAGUUCCGCAGAGUGCAACUGGACUUACUAGUAACGGACUUUCCGCAAUUAACGAUUCAGACACGGAUCCUAGAGAACUGGAGGCUUUUGCAGAGCGAUUCAAGCAAAGGAGAAUUAAACUCGGAGUGACUCAAGCGGACGUCGGUUCUGCGCUUGCGAAUCUAAAAAUCCCGGGUGUGGGCUGUCUAAGCCAAAGUACCAUUUGUCGAUUCGAAUCAUUAACUCUUUCACACAAUAACAUGAUAGCCCUAAAACCUAUCCUUCAGGCUUGGCUAGAAGAGGCCGAGGGGGCCCAGAGAGAAAAAAUGAGCAAACCUGAUAUUUUGAACGGGGGUGAAAAAAAACGGAAGAGGACAUCAAUAGCGGCCCAAGAAAAAAGAUCUUUGGAAGCUUACUUUACUGUUCAGCCUCGACCGUCGUCAGAGAAGAUAGCAGCUAUUGCAGAAAAACUGGACCUAAAAAAGAACGUGGUGCGAGUGUGGUUUUGCAACCAAAGACAAAAACAGAAGCGGUUAAAAUUUUCUGCUGCGCAUUAACUGACUGAAAAGUAGAUACCUUUGUCUUUCUUAAGUUUAUUUCUACUGCAUUUUGGGACCAAGGAACAUACAUAUGGAUAUCGUAUUCGGUCUUCCUGCCAUGGAAGGGUGCAAACACGGCGAUAAUUAUGAAAUUACCGGAUUUAUGAGGCUUCGUAUUUCUGACAGUUAUUCUUGCGUUAUUAGACAAUGCAUUAUGCAAAUAAACGGUAAUUCAGACCAGGCCUAUAGUUCUUUCUGAAAUGGUUAGAUUGAAAACUACAGUCUACGCCUGAUUCCGACAUUGCCUUUUGAAAGCCUUAAUCAGAAUUUAUUAAUUUUCUUAUUUUGGCAAUAGCCUAUCUUAACUUAAAAAUCGUUUUAGAUAAUAAAACAGCCACCAAUUGGUUAUGUCAUUAUUUUAUAGGUCUGCUUUUGCUGUUUUUGUUCCCUUUAGACUCUUGUUAGACGAAUGCAUUUGACAAUUGCUGUGUUUGUGUAAUUUUAGAAACAUGUCACUGUCCUCUGUCUGGCUCGAAUUUAUGGCUUCAACACACACAUAGCCUUAAAUCGAUGUUCCAACGGUCUGCACGAUUUAAAAGAAAGAAAGACACACGACAAUAUCUUGCUGGUGUAAAAUGAAGUUGGUUGUUACCACACACAUUUAUUUUAAAUUUGCACUAAAAUCUACAAAUAUGUAGAUUAUGUUACUCACAUAUUGAGAUGUUUGUAUUUGUAGGCUACAAAUAGCACUGACGCAGUUCGCAGAAGGCGGAUAACGCGUUUUCUAAAGAAAACUAUUUGUAACUGAGGUUUCAAAAGGGCGUCAUUUUAAAACAUAAACUCGCAUGAUUCAAAUUGUCCAGAUUGGGAAAAGAGGAUGCUCACUAAUAAUAAAAAAUAAAAAAAGUAUGUUUGUAUACUAUAGUUUGCAGUGCAAACAAUCUAUGCAUUUACAAAAAUAAGCACUACAUAGAGUAUCUACUGGUAGACGUUUGUAGAUGGUAUAAGUCACUGUUUAAUGCCAGUUUUCACAGCAAGACAACGUUGUUUGUCCUAUUGAUUGUUCAACAUAUAUUAGUGAUUAUUUAUUAUUAUUAUCAUCAUGAUAAUUUUGCACAAGUAUGUUUACAAUCGGUCACGUGUGUAUCACGAAAACGUCUGUCUUACACCUGUUCAUUGUAUGUUUAGUUUAUCUUUAAUUGUAUUUUUACGUUUUAUUUUAAAUAAUUAAGUCUGUAAGCCAAAUCCAACAUCAGGGCGUUGUGUCCCAACAGUCUUGAGAAUAAAUCAAAUGAAAAUAAAGCAAUCCCUGUGUAAAUGUAAUAUAAUACAUUUACAGUUUAUUAGGUUACUAUUUAAAAGGUCAACUAAACGUCAACUAUUGAGAAAUAUAGAGUUAAUAGAACCACAGAUGAUUGCAAUAAUAAAACAACAAUUUCUAAUAUUACUAUUACUACUACUAGGAUUGCCUGCCACCGUAGAUCAUCUUCUCACUGCAAUCAAUGUCAAUGUUUUGUGUAUUUUGACGAAACAUAUGUUAACUAUUCACGUUCUGGGUAUUAAUGCGAAUGAUGCCACCUACUGAUUCAAUCAAAAACUUCUGAAAUAGCAGCAAUAUAUGAACCUGAGUGUUUCCCCUUUUUCACUGUUUUUGCUUAGACUUUUAAAUUAUAUGAUGUUUUUGUAAUUAAUGUGUUCGUAAUGUGUUCUCCCACACGUCUGAUGACUAAAUCAACUUAGCACUUAUUAAGGCUGGGACUACUUUGAAAAAUGUUAUUAUUAUAAUAAUAAUAAUAAUUAUUAUUAUUAUUAUCUAAUUAAUAAUA